AUGUCCUCCACUAGUAUACCGAAGGUUGAAGGUCUUUUAGCGUGGCUCGAGGAAAAUGCAUUCUGGAACUCGGAUUUGGUGGAGGUGAGAGAGUCUCUGGUUGGCGGAACUGGUGUGUUCUGGAAAUUGAAGGAUCAGCCUGAUCCAAGCCAAGAUUCCUUGAUCCUUAGAAUUCCCAAGAGCUCCAUCUUGUCGCCAAAGAACUCGUGCUUGUGUAACCUUCUAAUGGACUAUGAGCCGUCUGAUCCAGCUAUAGACUUGACCCAGGGAAUGCACGCUAUAGUGUUAACGUACAUAUAUGAACAGGCAUUAGGUGAACGGUCUCCAUGGUAUGCCUACCUCGAUACAUUUGACUUGAAUGAAGAAGAUGAUCAAUACCUUCCGUUGUGCUUGUGGUCUAAGAUCGAAAAGGAGGCAUUGUUCAAUUCAGAGUGUGAUAUGUUGAACAUGCUUGACUCCAGUGAGCUCAUCCUGUUCUACCUUGAAUGUGUGAACUUUGCAAAGACAAACACGUCUGUGUUGGAAAUUCCGCCAACAUUAAGUCUAGACACAGCUGAAGAGGUCGAUGAAAAUACCCCAAAGCUUCGUUUCUUUGCUAAAUGUGUCCAGGCGGUUAUCUCUAGAGCAUUUACAGUGGAUAAGUUCCAUGGUCUUUCGUUAGUUCCAGGUGCUGAUCUCUUUAACCACUUGCUGCCUAUCAAGGAUGGCGAUAAGAUUGUGCCUAGAGAGAACGUUCAUUUUGUUUGUGACGAUGACGAAGACUUAUGUGGGGAUUGUGGUGAAAUGGGCUGCGAGCACGAUGAGAGUGAUGAAGAAAUAGAAGAGGAAGUCUUAGACGAAGAUGGCUCAGCUGAUGAGGAGGGCCAGGAAGAAGAUGAUGCAGAAGAAGAUACUGCUCAGGACAAUAACGAUAUCGAAGAUCUAAUGGAGGAUAUUCCUUUAUCUUCCGAUUCGGAGGACUCAGAUGAUGAUGGCCAUUCGAGCGAGACGGAAAGCAUAAACGAAGACGAUGAAGCAAAGGAGGAUGAAGAGAAAAGACCCUUCUGA